AUGGAUUACUCGCGGCUCCGCGCCACGGCGCUGAGGGACGGCGAGGACGAGGAGGCAGUCACUGUCGAUACAAGAGCUUUGAUAGACAAGGUGCUUGCUAGGUACUCGGGAGAAUGGACAACACUGCGGGAACUCAUCCAGAAUGCCGCCGAUGCCCAAGCAACAUCAGUCCAGAUCAAGUGGGAAACCAUGCCUUCGACCCAAGUGCCGCUGCCGCAGACGACAGACCGCUCCGAGUUACUGAAGCAUAUCAUAUCCCACCACACGUUGCGCCGGCUGCUCGUGCAGAACAACGGCCAGCCUUUCACCAAGACCGAUUGGGGGAGGUUAAAGCGCAUUGCCGAAGGCAACCCAGACGAGACAAAGAUAGGCGCCUUUGGUGUCGGUUUCUACAGCGUCUUUGCUGAUUGCGAAGAACCGUUCGUCAGCUCCGGGAACGAGGCCAUGGCGUUCUACUGGAAGGGGAAUGCCCUCUUCACUCGGAAACUCCACCUCCCCCCUGGGGAGGGUUCCGGGGAUACGACCUUCGUUUUGGACUACCGGAACACGACGACGCCUUUGCCGAAUCUCCUCUCCGUCAGCCAGUUCCUGGCCACCAGCCUGACCUUUGUGGCUCUUCAGAACAUCGAAUUCUGGAUAGACGACUACAAGGUUCUGGCCCUACACAAGAAAUCCUCGCCAAGCGUCGGUGUACCCAUCCCCAGGGAUUUGGAAACAAGGACCAAGGAGGGCCUUAUGAAGCUCUCCACGGUAGACCGGACAAGCGCCCAGAUUGAUGCAACGUUCAUGAGUGCCGUGGGUUGGAAGCCCCGAACGUCGACGUCCACGAACAGGAACGAUGCCUACUCCUUCGGUUCUUCCGCAUCAGAAAUGCCGUCCUUGAGGACCUUUUUCUCGAGGCUUACCUCCAGUUCUUCUCAAUCAGGAUCUCGCGGAAAGGCGGUAAAGGAGGAGAAGGUCGCACAGGAAGCCAUUGCGGAAGACCUGACCGCCACCUCCGCCUCGAGCAUCUUCCUACGAGUAACCUCAGCAUCUAUCCAGACAUAUGUCUCAGCCUCCUUUGCUACAGAGUUGGAAAGGGCAACGAAGAAGCCCCCGCCGAAAACCACCAAGCUCGCCAUUCUGACGUCUUCGUAUGACGAGACCGUCGCAUCUGAGGACUCGUCCGCGUCAAGCAAGGCGGCUAAGGCUGCUGACAUCUUCUCGUCUGUUCUGCCGAGCAAGAAACCGGGAGGGAGAGUAUUCAUCGGGUUCCCCACGACGCAGACGACAGGUGCCGGGAUGCACAUAUCUGCGCCGUCUGUUAUCCCUACCGUGGAGCGUGAGGCUAUUGACCUCAACGCGCGCUGGGUCCGAACCUGGAACAUCGAGAUGCUUCGGAUUGCCGGCAUCAUGACCCGCCUAGCGUUCGCGAACGAGAUGUCGGAUUUGCACGACAAGCUGAAGCGGGAGUUGGAAUCCGCAGGCAAGGGCCCUGCUAUUUCCCAGGCAGCUGUCGAGAGGUUCAUCCCGGAGGCUCUUCACAUUCUGAAGACGUAUACUUUCACGGAUUCCACACCUAGUGGUCAUGUAGCCCAGAUCAUCGAGGAAGCAUUCUGGACGGCCUUCAAGCGGCCGACUAUCGAAGUGUAUUCAUCUCGAGGCGUGAUGCCAAGUGAUAAGGUGCGCACCGGGUCGGAGGAGCUGUCCAAGUUUGUAGAUGGCAUACCUGUCAUCUUACAUGCCAUGAGGGAGGCACCCUUCAUCAAGAAACUCUUCGACUUCGGCCUGAUCACGGAUAUCUCGGUGCAUGACGUGCAUCAAGAACUGGAAACAAAGGCCUUGAACAAAGAACAGCUCCAGCAUUUCAUCGCCUGGGUUGGGAAACGCGCUGGUUCGGGUGAGCUUAGCCAUGCGAACAGGCAAAGCCUCCUCGACGUUGCAGUGGCUACGGUCAGCGAAAGCGGAGAUCAGGGUGAUAUAAUUGCCCUCGGGACGAUCAAGAAUUACCUGAACCCCAACGAGAUUCCCCCGACGCUCCCCGUCCCCCCAACGACGCUUCCCUUCGCUUUCACGACUUCCGUCCCUGUUCUCCAGCUGAAGGCUCUAGGGUGGGAGCCCCUGGAAAUUGUGCCCUGGCUGCGGUUCUUGAUUGAAUCGGGUCCCAACAAGGACGACGAUCAGAACCUGACGAAAUCGCCAAAGUUUGCGGCGCAGGUACUUGCUGUUUUGUCAAAGAACUGGGAUACCCUAUUGCAGAACAAUAAGAAUUCGGUGGUAUCUGCACUCCAGAAUAUUACGGCAAUACCAACCAAAUCGGGCAUGAGGAAGCCGGCGGAGUCCUUCUUCCCGUCGGUCAAGCUGUUCGACGAUCUCCCAACGGUUCAAUGCCAGGGCGUGAAGGACAAGUUCCUGACCGCUCUCGGUGUCCGGAAGACAGUCGACCUCGAGACCAUUUUCACCAGACUGCUGAACCCAUCGCAAGCCGCUGAGCAAGAUGGCCGCAAGAGGUGGAGCCACAUGGAACUGAUCAAGUACCUUGCGUCGGUGAAGGACGACAUUCCCGAAGAUGAUAUGAGGAAGCUCAAAGAAUCCCGGCUGUGCCCGGCUGAGGCAGGGCCGCUGGGAUUAGAGCCAACCAGGGGUACCACCGAUCUAUUCAAGAUUUCGCAACUCUUCGAGCCGAAGGAUUCCCUCCGCACCCUGAAGCUACCCAUCCUUCAGUGGCCUGGACCUCCGGGAAGUUUCAGACCGGGCAGCCUUGAGGCACGUUUCCUCUACUCCCUGGGCCUGCGGCAAUUUCCGUCGGCGCCUGAACUCGUGGAGAUGAUGGCUGGCCCCGAUCCCACCUUGCGACGCAAUGCAAUGGCGUACUUCAUUGGGAAUCACCAUACCAAUGGGUACGCAGCCUUCAACCUCGCGGCCACCGACAAGGCCAUCCUUCCCAUCCAAGGGAACGAGAACCAGCUCGUCCCGCCCUCGGCCUGCUAUACAAAUGAAGAUGCCUCUGUGCUUGGGUAUAAUAUCCUCAAAAAGGAGCUGCACCAGCAUGCGAACAAGUUUGGUGUUGCAAGUGAUCCCCCUAUCACAGGCUGCAUUGCCGGGCUGAUCUCCAACCCCCCAUCGAAUCGCAAGAUGGCUGUGACCUUGUUCGAAUACUUCACGACUCGUCUGGCCGACCUUAAGGAGAACAGCCUGGCCAAGUUGAGGGACGCACCAAUUGUGCCUGUCGUCAGACGGAAGCAGCAGUUGGCGGGGACGGGGGCGUCCAAAGAAGCCGAAACUGGCCUGGUCCACAUUCGCCCACCGCACUGUUAUCUUGGGAGCUCAUCCACGUACGGCGACAUCUUCGACUUCGUCGACUUUGGCUCCAGCGCCAAUACUUUCCUCUUCAAAUGCGGAGCUAAGAACGAGCCAACCAAGAUAGAGAUUGCCAGGCUCGCUUGCGGAGAACCCGCGCGGCUCCUGAGCGUGCUGCAGAGCUCAGAGAGAUAUCUCAACCUGCUGAGGACUCUGGCCGACGACUUGCCGAUCUUGAAGAGAGAUCACGAGCUAUUUAAGAAGAUGAAGUCGUCACCAUUUCUUCUCGGGUCGAGGGAGAUAUCUUCGGGCAAGGAUAGAGGGACCGAGGCCUACGACGAAGAGGAAGCGCCAAUCAGGCAGUAUCAACUGGCGGCCCCGAACCAGAUCGUCGUCCUUGACGAUUACAUCAGUUAUCGGCUAUUCAAGGACUCCUUGAUCUGCGCCCCCGAAGAAGAUGCUCUAGAAGCCUUCUACAUGGCCCUGGGUUCUCAAACGCUUGGUAGCUUGGUGCAAGAAGACAUCAAGAUCGGGCCACAUACCCAGAACCAAGCCGCUGCUGCCCGGCUGCGGAAGCACGUCCUAGAGAGGUCAAAGAUCUUCCUCUACGAGUAUUCAAAGUACAAGCGGGACUCCAUCAAGCAUGACGCGAAGUGGCUGGAGAAAAACCUGACGGUGGAGGUCGUCCGGUCGGUGGCCCUUCGCCGGUCUCUGCGCGGGCAGGACCAGUCCCACACCGAGAACCGGUCGGCGGCGAGCGCGCGCACAAACGGCGGCUAUAUCCUCUACGUCGCCGCCGAAGGCCGGCCGGAUAUGUAUCAGGUCGGACAGGCCGUCUGCCAGCUGCUCCUGAACCGCCCUAGCCAGCAGGCGUACUUCUUCUUCGAGCCGUUCCUGAAGCUCGACCUCCUCGACCUCCGGGCCCGCGGCUACAAUGUGGACCGCAUCCUCCGCGCCAAGGCGGCGGAGGCGAGGAUCGCCGAGGAGGAGAGGCGGAAGGCCCUCGAGGCGGAGCAAAAGCAGAUCCAGGAGCGGGAGCAGGAGUGGACGCGACAGACCCAGGUCGCGGAGGUGACGGCCAGAGGGGCCGUCACGACCCCGGAAAGGUCACCCCGGAUGCCGGGCUCGUUUGGCGACUCGCCGGAGGAAGAUCCUGCCCAGACUUCUCUGACAUCUCAGCGGCAUCAUCGUGGGCCUAAGGGGUUCUUCACGAACUUGACCCGCCGCUUGGGAUUCGAGGACCGCGAGGAUGCGCAGAAACAACUGGAGAAUUUCCUCCCCCAGCCGGAGGAUAACAACAAGGGAUCCGAGGGCUCGGGCCCCCCUGCUCAGGGCCAGCGUCCGAAGGAUGACGGCCGAGUGACGUCCCCGGCGGUGGUGCACCAGAACCUGCUCAACGCCAUCCAGUCGACGCGGGCGCACGACUCGACGCACCUGUUCUCGCCGCCGAAGCAGAACGAGGUCAAGGAGCAGACGACGUACUGCGACUCGAAGCCGGCGCACAACAUCAACUUCGCGGCCGAGGCGCCCGGGGGGAUGCGCGUCUUCGUGGCCAAGGACCUGUCGAUGGAGCCGGCGCGGUUCCUAACGUCGCACGCCGGGCCGAUCGGGCAGUUCGAGGCGGUGCUGAGGGAGGCCGGCGGUGUGUACGGGCUGGCGACGACGUCGCUGCACAUCUUCUACGACGAGACGGGCGGCACCAUCGCGUUCAACAGCAACGGGAGCAUAUUCUGCAACCUGCGCUUCUUCAUGCAGCUGCACGCCGGCAAGAUGAAGAGGGGCGCCGGGGGAAGGGAGGCCAGGAUGGAGGCUACGUCAUGGUGGUGGGUUGUGCUCGCCCACGAGCUGGCGCAUAACCUUGUCUCGGUCCACAACUCGGAUCACAGCUAUUACACCGAGUCUUUCAUCCAGCAGUAUUUCCCGAAGAUGGUGGCAAAGGCGGCGUCCUGGACUCAGGCUCCAGCGCCCCCCGCUGCCGCGGCCGUCGACGCGGAGGCUCAGGGACAGCUGCCGCCGGCGCUACCACCGCCGUACGAGAGAGCUUCGGGGUCAUCGCGGUAUCAGAGCUUGCCUAACUGA